AGAACAGCUGUUGUUGCGGUUGAUCCCAACCUGAUUGGCACUCUCCAAAUUCGCACUUAUUUACGACGGGUUGUUGUUUGGCACUGAUAACGCCAUAGGCCCCACCUUGAUAUGGCGAGCACACACACCAUCUAUCUGAUCACCCACCCGCGUGGACGCGUUCUGGCGGUCAUCUGGCGCAACCCCGAGAUGAUGGACGAGUUGGAAAGCGGCAGCAUUGACUACACUGUGGAUCUCAAUGCACCGGCCUUGCCGACGCCCCUGAGCAAAGUGUUUGACUUCGCCAUAACGACCCUCACCGCCGCUGGCUAUCUGUGCUACCUACAGGCCAUCCAUCGAAUCAUUGCCGAGUCUCACCGCUUGCACUGGCGCGAGAAGCUGCUGGAGCUGCCGCCUGAGGAGCUCGUCGUGGUGGUUCUCGUCGUUUUCGUGUGCAUUGUAUUCCUGAAGGCCUACUGCAUUGGCAUCGUCUGGCGCUGUUACAAGUACCUGACUCUGCGUCAGCAACAUAUCCGCACAUUGUUUCCCUUCCUCGAGACGGGAUCCGGGAUCAAUGGUGUGGGCAGCACCUUUGGGGCUGAGGAGCGUGCCUACACCACUCUGUUGCCCAACUAUGAUGAGGCCAUUGCCCAGUACUUGAAGCAGGCACCGCCGCCAUCCUAUCAGGUGGCCAUGUCCAACUACCAAGAGGAUCAGGCCGGAGAAGCUGGCGGUGCUGAAGCAAAUCCUGGUGUGCCCCCCCUGUUCGUGGCUCUCCUCCAUUAUGGAUGAUAAUGAUAACAUGGAUAACAACAACGAAAUGCCGAACAACAACAACACGAUGCACGUGAAUGCCAACACGCCUCCAAUGCGACGCAGUGAUGUCGCCCUUGGCCCCAUUUCCGAUGACGAUGAUGAUCUGGAGGUGAUCGACGCAGGCCUAGAUGCGAUGGAGAGCAUUCCACCGCCGCCGCCGUACAACGAUGUGGCCGAUGCCGAAGUGCAGGUGCCAUCCCCGUCUGCGGUAGAUCGUCAGGUCAACAUAACACCUGGGCGCAAUGAGAGCCAGGCCUAAGUUGUGAUUUCUUUAAGUUUUUUUCUCACUAUGUAACCGUGAUGUGAGCGCGUGCUCGCAUUACUACCAUCCACAUCCUCGUCUUGCCCAGCCGCACAACGUUUUUUUGGUUAUAAUUACUUGGCUCAUUCCGUUUCCUCCAUCAAUCAGGUGCACUCUUGCGUUUAUACAUAUAUGCUCUCUCUAUACAUAUAUAGUAUUUAGUAUUUAUGCACAAAUGUGUUGAAAAGUGUUUUAGCAAAUGAAAAAUUUUAAGUAAUUCCCAUUUA